AUGGUGAAACAUGAAGCACAGCAACCUCUCGCGGUAGAUGGUUUGCGCAACCUGCUUGAGGGCUUGGUCGGACCGACCGUUGCGACGCUGAUCAUGCACCCUUUCGACAUCACCAGGACUCGAAUGCAGGUGCAGGGCGAGCUUCUGCGGCGAGGCUACUACGUGGUCAUGUACCGCAGCACGAUCCAGUCGCUGCGCAUGAUGGCGCGAACUGACGGUCCCGGGAGCGUCUACCGGGGCCUCAUGCCCAGCAUCGCCUACCGGCAGGUCACGCAUGGACUACGUCUUGGAUUCUUCCAAGUGAUCGAAGACUACGGCAUGACGUUGGAUGAGAACCUAGAGCCCAGCGUGCGGCUGAGCGCCAUCUCGGGCGGGCUGUGCGGCGCCCUGGGCGCGUUCCUGGGCAGCCCCCUCCAGCUGAUCAAGUGCCAGCUUCAGGCGCGCGCAUCGCCCCAGAUAGCCGUCGGCUAUCAACACCACUACCCGUCGAGCUUCGAGGCGUUCCGUACCAUCUACCGCACGCACGGCCUGAGGAGGGGCCUAUGGCGUUCUGCGCAGGCCAACGUUCUCCGGCUUUCCAUCGGCUCCGCCAUCCAGAUGGGCGCCUACGUGCAGGCUAAGCGGCAGCUGUCGCAAUUGGACGCCAGCGGGUUGCACCACUUCAUCACGUCCAUGGCUGCGGCGGUCUACUCGAGCAUCGCGGCUGCGCCGGCCGUCUCCAUGCUGGACAUGAUCAAGACGCGCAUGUACCUGCAGCCGGUGGACAGGCGCGGCCGUGGCAUCUACUACGCUGGCGUGCUGGACUGCAUUCGCAAGAUAUACAUGAUGGAGGGCGUCGCGGGUUACAGUCGCGGCAUGCUCAUCGCUUUCUUCUACUCCAUAGUCAACUCGUCCAUCACGCUGCUCUCGUGGGGCGAGCUCAAGCGGCUGCGCAUUGAGUCUCGCGAGCAUCGCGAGUUCGUUGUCGAGAUCAUCUACGAGAGGGGCCGAUGA